AGACGCGAGCACCACACUUGCUCGAGAGCCCGCAAAGGUGUUCUGAAAGAAUGGCAGACGAUAUUGAUAUAGAAGCAAUGCUUGAGGCUCCUUACAAGAAGACUUGCCUAACGAUAUCUCACCUCUACUCCCAUGAAUUCACCUUUGAUUCCAGUGUGAACUGUCAAUCAUAAGGGCGAGAUGUGUGACAGAGGUGGCAUCAAGCUCUUACAGUCCCAACCCUCCAACGAAAAUGGGCGAAGAUCUCAGGAAUGGCAUCGGUCACAGGAAAUCGAUAGUGGCUGGCUGCUAGCAUGGCCACUUGGGGCUUAGGCAGAAAUAGAGCCGUGGUACUGAUGAAAGGGACAUAGUACAUGGAAUAAACUUUAAACUUGAGUCUAUUAUGUUUUAUAGAAAUUACAUUUAACCACUUCACUAUAAAUCUCUAGGAUAACUUAUCUAAACUAUGUUUAUAAAAAAAAAUACCUAAAGCUUAAAUUGUUUUAUAUGGACAGCAUAAUUCUUGCAUUUUAUUGUAUGCCUAAAAUGUAAACAGCAAAGUGGUUAAACAUACCCAUCUAAAUUUUUUUUAUAGCUUUCCAAAUUAAACUAAAUAUAAAUAAAUAAUUAGUUUUUAAAUUGUUCUGUAUUUUUUUAUUCCUGUUCCCUUUACCCUUUGACAACUUGAAAUGUUUCCACUUCGUCCUCAUGAUGUUCUUCUAUCAACCCUGCUUAGGAUGAGAACAAGUUGAGCAGUGCUAACGGCCAUGAAGAGCGUAGCAAGAAACAAAGUUUCUGCCUCCUUGGAAAGCUCUACAUCUCCUUGUGAUUGGAGUGUGGGUUUCAAGAUUCCAGAAGGAGAAAAAAAAGCAAGAGUAGAAGUCGAAGUCAUGACCGGAAGAGGAGCAAAAGUAAGGAAAGGAAACGAAGCAGAGACCGGGAGAGGAAAAAGAGCAAAAGCCGUGAACGGAAACGUAGCCGAAGUAAAGAACGAAGACGAAGUCGUUCUAGAAGUAGAGAACGCCGAUUCAGAGGCCGCUAUCGAAGUCCCUACUCCGGACCAAAAUUUAACAGUGCCAUCCGUGGAAAGAUUGGGUUGCCUCAUAGCAUCAAAUUAAGCAGACGCCGCUCAAGAAGCAAAAGUCCAUUCAGAAAAGACAAGAGCCCUGUGAGGGAACCUAUCGACAACCUUACUCCAGAGGAAAGAGAUGCUAGGACGGUGUUCUGUAUGCAACUGGCAGCAAGAAUUAGACCAAGAGAUUUGGAGGAGUUUUUUUCUACUGUAGGAAAGGUCCGUGAUGUAAGAAUGAUUUCUGAUAGAAAUUCCAGAAGAUCUAAAGGAAUUGCUUAUGUAGAGUUUGUUGAUGUUAGCUCAGUGCCUCUAGCAAUAGGAUUAACUGGCCAGCGGGUCUUAGGAGUGCCUAUCAUUGUACAGGCCUCACAGGCAGAAAAGAAUAGAGCAGCAGCAAUGGCAAAUAACCUACAGAAAGGAAGUGCUGGACCUAUGAGGCUUUAUGUAGGAUCAUUACAUUUUAACAUAACUGAAGAUAUGCUUCGUGGAAUCUUUGAGCCUUUUGGCAGGAUUGAAAGCAUUCAGCUGAUGAUGGAUAGUGAAACUGGUCGAUCUAAGGGAUAUGGAUUUAUUACGUUUUCAGAUUCAGAAUGUGCCAAAAAGGCAUUGGAACAACUGAAUGGAUUUGAAUUAGCAGGCAGGCCUAUGAAAGUUGGUCAUGUUACUGAACGUACUGAUGCUUCCAGUGCCAGUUCAUUUUUGGAUAGUGAUGAGCUGGAACGAACUGGAAUUGACUUGGGAACAACUGGUCGUCUUCAAUUAAUGGCAAGACUUGCAGAAGGUACUGGUUUACAGAUUCCUCCAGCAGCACAACAGGCUUUGCAAAUGAGUGGAUCUUUAGCAUUUGGAGCUGUAGCAGAUUUACAAACCAGACUUUCCCAACAGAGUGAGGUUACAGCUCUAGCUGCAGCCGCUUCUGUGCAGCCUCUUGCAACACAGUGUUUCCAGCUUUCCAAUAUGUUUAAUCCUCAAACGGAAGAUGAACUUGGCUGGGAUACAGAGAUUAAAGAUGAUGUAAUUGAAGAAUGUAACAAACAUGGAGGAGUAAUCCAUAUUUAUGUUGACAAAAAUUCAGCUCAGGGCAACGUUUAUGUGAAGUGCCCCUCGAUUGCUGCAGCCAUUGCUGCAGUAAAUGCAUUGCAUGGAAGAUGGUUUGCUGGUAAAAUGAUUACAGCUGCAUAUGUACCUCUUCCAACUUAUCACAACCUCUUCCCUGAUUCCAUGACAGCAACACAACUACUGGUUCCUGUUCGACGAUGAAGGAGGAUUUAGUCUCUUAUGUACAUAGCUUUUUUUUUUUUUUUUUUUUUUUAAAGAGGAUUCAAACCUGAGUUAUCUUUUAUUUAGGUAAAACAAAGGAAAGGGUCUACUGUCAUUUGUAUGCGAUUCCUGUUACCUUGCCAGAAGGAGAGAAAGCUGUUAUAGCAGGAAUGCAGUGUGUUCAUUCUCCCUAACUAGCAAUUUCCACUGUAUACAAAGCUGUUUUCUUGUUCUGCCUUGUAAAUGUACAUUUAGAACAUUGACUAAGGUGAUCUGUAGGAAUUGAGAAAUAGCUUAGACAAAUGUACUUUCUGUAAAAGGCAGACGAGGAUGUAAUGACGUUUUUAAUGUUUCAGAAGCCUAACUUUUUAUGCAGCAGUUACAUUUUACAUUUCACUAAAUGAAUUUUGACACUUGGCUAAUGGUUUAACAGUAAUAUGGUUUCUGAAAUACAUAUUUAGUGUUCUGUAUAUGGGAAAUUCAAAGACAACUAAAUGAUUUCUGACUUAAGUCAGUAAUUCACCUUGCAUUAUGAUAAACAAUUGGCAAGAAAGGGAGAUUCAAAAAUUCAAUUUCUUGAUGGUAACUUUUCAAUUAAUGUAUCUGUAAAAGUUUCUUUGUAAAUACUGUGUGUUCUGGUGUGUCUAAGGUUCCAAACAAAAUGAUCCCUGCAUUUCCUCAAAUGUACAGAUAUAGUGUGAUAAGCAACACAGUCUGAGCAGGAAACAGGAAAUGCAGAAAUAGGUUUUGUCUGGUUGCAUAUAAUCUUUGCUCUUUUUAAGCUCUGUGAGCUCUGAAAUAUAUUUUUGGGUUACUUCAGUGUGUUUGACAAGACAGCUUGAUAUUUCUAUCAAACAAAUGACUUUCAUAUUGCAACAAUCUUUGUAAGAACCACUCAAAAUAAAAUUCUCUUUAAAAGGC